AUGGCGGCGGUGCCUCCUGACACUUGGCAGCCCCCCACUGUCUCUAUGGAGACCACCAUGGGCAUCAUUGUUGUGGAGCUGUACUGGAAGCAGGCGCCCAAGACUUGUAAGAAUUUUGCAGAACUCUCCCGACGUGGCUAUUAUAAUGGCACAAAAUUUCAUAGAAUUAUCAAAGACUUCAUGAUUCAGGGUGGUGAUCCAACAGGAACUGGAAGAGGAGGAGCAUCCAUCUAUGGCAAGCAGUUCGAAGAUGAACUCCAUCCUGAACUGAAAUUUACAGGUGCAGGAAUCUUUGCUAUGGCUAAUGCAGGCCCGGAUACAAAUGGCAGCCAGUUCUUUAUCACAUUAGCCCCCACCCAGUGGCUUGAUGGGAAGCACACGAUCUUCGGUCGUGUUGGUCAAGGAAUUGGGGUAGUUAACAGAAUGGGCAUGGUGGAAACGAAUGCUCAAGAUCGACCAGUAGAUGACAUAAAGAUCCUGAAGAUUUAUCCAUCGGGUUAGACCAUUAUUAGGAUAAUCACAUUGAA